AUGUAUUGGGGUGUGGCAAUUGUGGUUGCAAUAUUGGCCAUUUACAAAUAUUUAAAUUCGACGAUUGAUUAUACGAUGAGUACUGCGCCAGUUUACUUUCUAUCCCAUGGGGGUCCAACGUUUCUGUAUCGAAACGCCAAAUUCGGUGGUGAGCCUGGUGCGUUUGAUGCCACUGCUGCACUUGGGAAGUUUAUUCGAGAAACGAUUCAACCGAAAUUUGUGAUUAUGGUUUCUGCUCACUGGCAGUCAGACUCGAAAUCAUCUGUGCAAGUGGCUGUACCUUCUGGAAGUUCCUUGGAAAAUGAACUCAUUUAUGACUUUUAUGGGUUCCCCAAGCAACUGUACGCUGAAAAGUUUCGUACUAGGAACGAUUUGUCCUUAGCCACUCGUAUUACUAAGGAUUUAAAUUUAUACUUCUCAAAAGAUGGUAACUCACCGGUCCAUGCAUCGUUGGCUACCAGAGGUAUCGAUCAUGGAGUUUGGGUUCCUUUGAGGGUGGCUUUUCCUGCGAAAACAGCAGACGACUGGAAUCUCGACGUUCCUUUGGUGCAGGUUUCACUGACAGCUGAUGAGACUGACUUUGUUACACAUUACAAAUUGGGACAGGCACUGUCAAAGUACAGGGAUGAAGGUGGGCUAGUUCUCGUCUCGGGGAUGAGCGUCCACAAUUUGAGAGAUAAUAUAAUGAGUACCAAGCCGCUGAGCUAUACAACACAGUUCAACGAACUGUUGAGAGAUAUCUUGUUGCCUGAUGUCUCGGCUAGUAACAAACUAAACCAAUUCAAAGAUCUGCUAAAAAAUCCAGCCAAACGUAAACUCCUCUACUCGGCGCAUCCAACUUUAGAGCAUUUCGUGCCAAUGAUCGUGGGGUUGGGAGCCGGUGCUGGACAACAAACUGAUGGCAUGGUCAAAGUUAAGGAAAUUUACAACAAAGAUCAAGCCUCGUUGGGCUGGGGUAUUUAUCAGUACGACGAUAAUUGA